GGAACCAUUACCAGUCCUGUCCAGGCGUACUGCGAUAUGACCACAAUGGACGGGGGAUGGACGGCAAUACAAAAACGAAUUACUGGAUCCCUGGACUUUGACAGGACAUGGACGAAAUAUAAAAAUGGUUUUGGUUCACCGGAACAGGAUGUUUGGGUUGGAAAUGAACUUAUCCAUCUGUUAACAAAAGAAAACUCGGCCCUUUAUGUGUCCAUCACUCUCCAGAAUGGUACAACGCUGUAUGAAAUAUACGAUAGAUUCUCUGUCUCCGACGAAGCAGGAAAAUAUCAACUCUUUCUUGCAGGACCUGCCACGGGGACCCUAGGAGACAGUAUGUUGGACACUGGUUAUUCUAACUUAGAUCUGUCUGGGAUGUCCUUCAGUACCCCAGACAGAGAUAACGACGUAGGUGCUGGUAACUGUGCUGUUUACAGUGACCGUAGAGGAGGCUGGUGGUUUAACUUCUGUCACCGAGCCUUCCUUAACGGUCAAUGGUCCCCGGAGUCCUGGUACAGACCAUGGUACCCCACAGUAACGAGUGGGACAUCAGUGAAGGGGACCACCAUGAUGGUCAGACGGUACUAGACGAAAGAUCAUCCAUGGAUUACGGAAACCCCCAAGAGACGAUUUUAAAUUAAUUUUUAUCGCUGAGUUUUUUUUUAAUAUUUAACAUCAAGUAACAAACAGUAAAAGAAGGUGGUUGAACG